AUGAAUAAGUUUGACGAAUUUGUUGAAGCAACUGACAAGGAGUUGCAUGUGGACACCAGUACCAGGAAUACUACGAUAAAUGUAUCGUCUCCAGGCUCAAGUAAUGAUAGUACUAGUUCACCAAAAUCACCAUCAGGAGAAGUGUUGUCGAGGAAAGAGAUGAAAAUGAAGCAGUUUACCCCUAAGAAAUUGAAUUAUCAAGAUCAUCCUCUAAAGGAUCACAGUACUGGUGGUUCAUUGCCUAUAACUAGAAGAACUUCAAGGUCAAGUACGAUACACAAGAGGAAAUCGCUUUUACAGCCGAUUGUGGCACCACAGACACCCGACAAAAGUGGUCCUAGUUGGCGGUCUAACGGUGGUUCGCCAAGCGGAUCGUUUAACAGACAGAGGUCCACUAGUGGUGCGUCUAUGCAUUCUCGCAGUAGUUCACAGUCUCUAAGCCUGGAUAGUACGUUCGAUGUAUCUUUGCAGAACUUGGCGAAUAAGGAAUUAGAGCUAUUGGAAUCAAAACGUCGCAUUGAAGAGUUGAAAAAGCAGUUACAGUUAGAGGAACAGUCUUACCAGAAGAGGGUAGAAGAGUUGAAAGAGUUGAAAUCACAAGUUUCGAAUGAUUUGCAGAUAAAUUCACAGCAUCAACAGCAGCAGCAACAACAACAGCAGCAGCAGCAGCAGCAUCACUUACAACCACAUAGUAAAAAGCGAGAGGAACACACCAGGGAUAAGUCACGAGGUAAGGGUUCAGGUACAGGAUCAAGUUCAGUUUGGUCUAAACCUUUGGCAUUUUUCAACCAAUUUGAUCAAAUUAUACAGCAUGAACUGGAAAGAAGCUUACGUUGGGAUGAUACACCAGAGGAUAAAAUUAUGCAACCUGAACCUUAUGAGGGGGCAGCAGCCGUACAGAAUAGUCAACUGCGACAGCCACAGGUAGAGAUUCCAACUUCCAAUAGUCAAUCUAAUGUUAAUAACACUGAUAAUAAUGAUAACAAAAUUAAUAAUAACACUAACAACACCAGCAAUAAUAAGAAUGGUCAUGACGAUAAUAAUAAUAAUAAUGAUAGUAGUAAUAAUAAUAAUAAUAAUGACGGAAAUAAUAAAAAUCUUUGGAGUUUUUUCAACGAUGUUAAAACUGGACUUCUGGGUAUUGAAGAAGAGGAAGAAACGCCGCAGAGAACGAUUGCAGGGUCAGCAAAGAAUGAUAAUGGCAUCAAAGAGUUUAAAACUGCAAAGAAGACAAGAGAUCCAGUUGAAAUGACAGAUUUUCAAAAAUAA